AAACGCAAAAUGAUAAUUGUUAAUUUUUUAUUUCCAAAACAUCAAAAUCUACAAAUAAAAUCAACGUUAUGUAAUCAACAGAAACAAUGGUUGAAACAAAGGAAGUCGAGAAAUCUAAAGAAGAAUCAAACAAUGGACAUACAAACAUCCUUAACAAUACAGAUAUAAACACAAUUAACUCUAUUAAGUCAGAAGAUAAGGAUAUAAUCGCCCAGUAUACAAGGGAGGGCUCAGAGUCACCUGUCGAGAGGGUCAAGUUCGCAGGACUAGAUGAUAAUGAUAGUAUAUGUUCAGAUGAUAGCAAUAAUGCUGAACUACCUCCCAUACCUGAUGGAGGCUGGGGCUGGGUAGUCGUAGCCGCAGCGUUCCUUGUGUCAGCAUGUGCCGACGGCCUGGCAUUCUCCUUCGGUCUGCUACAUGAAGAGUUCACUUCAUAUUUCGAAACUACGCAAUCAAAAACAUCAUUGAUUGGAAGUCUUUUUAUAGCUACUCCACUAUUAGCCGGGCCGAUUAUGAGCGCGUUAGUAGAUCGAUACGGAUGCCGAAUUAUGACAAUGAUUGCCGGAGUGCUAUCUACUAUUGGAUUCCUAUUAGCUGCUAUUAGUAAUUCAGUAGAAAUGUUAUGUCUGACUUUUGGAUUCAUUAGCGGGUUAGCUAUGGGUAUUUUAUACGUGACUGCUGUAGUUUCGGUAGCAUUUUGGUUUGAUAAGAGAAGAAAUUUAGCUGUAUCUCUAGCUUCUUGCGGCAUAGGUUUUGGUACGCUUAUUUAUUCACCAAUGACUCAUUAUUUCUUAGAAAUAUACGAUUGGAGAAAUACAAUUGUUUUAUUAGCUGGUACUUUACUUAAUAUGUGUGUAUGCGGUGCUUUAAUGAAGAAUCCAGAGUGGUUAGAAAUUAAGCAGAAGCGAGAGCGAAAGCUUUCGAAGGCUAGGUCUAGGCGAUCGUCCAGUGCAGGUUCCACUGGAUCAAGAUCCAUUGGUGGAGAAUCGGCAUACUUAGACUCAGAAGAGUUGAAGACUUUACUUGAAAGUGGGAAGAGUCCCGAAUAUAUUUUAGCGACGCUAGCAACAAGCAUUGCUGAAGCAGAAGAAUUAGAAGCGACGACACAAGCGAAUGCAGAACAAGCGAGAGACAAGAGAAGAAUGCAUUCAGCUAUUCAUUUACCGACAUUUGUACAACAGAAUGAAAAAGUUCCAACAGAAGUAAUAGAAAAGUUGAUGAAAAACAAACGACUGUAUAACAUCAUACUACAAAACUACCCUGACGUCAUUACACGGAGACAUUCAGAAGUCAACUUGAAUGUUGAGAAUCCAGAAGACGUUCGGGAACCCGCAAAGUUACCCGUAGAAAUAAAAGCAAAGAAACCUAAAGAUGGAGCUGAAGGAGAUGCUAAGAAAACUGAAAAUGAACCUGCGAAGACUGAAACAGGAAAAUCGAAUACAAACAAAAAUGAGCCAGUGAAGACCGAAACAGGGAAAUCAAAUACAAACAUCAAUUCAACAAAACAGAAAGUUACUCAAAAAGAUUCAAAGACUCCGCAACAGCAACAACAGUUGCAGCCGAGUUGGUUCCGGCAGAUAUCGAUUACAGAUCAUCACUACUUGAGGGAUGUGCCGUUGUAUAGGAAUACGAUGAUGCAUCGAGGUGCUAUGAUGUCGAUAACAAGGUAUAAGCUAAGAGCUUCAUCAUUACCUGACAUGUACAGAAACUCUUCAUGGUCUCUUUACUCUGAAUCUGAUGAUGAAAUGAGAUGGUAUCACCGCUUCGGUCAAACUAUGAAAUCCAUGUUUGACUUCAAAAUGUUCACGGAGUUCCAUUUCUUGAUGUUUAACUUAUCUUCCCUGAUUCUCUCCGUGUGGUUCAUCGUGCCUUACUUCUUUCUCAAUUCUUAUAUGAAUGAAAUGAACGUGGAAGGUGGGCCGAUGAUGAUCGCCAUUAUUGGAGUCGCUAGCAGUAUUGGAAUUGUAGCUCUCGGUUGGGCAGGAGACCAACCAUGGGUGAACGUGACCAAAACAUACGCCGUUUGUCUCAUCAUCUGCGGCGCGUCAGUGGCUGUGUACCCCUUCUUCAUCACCAACUACUGGGUCUUGGCAGUCAUCUCAGCAGUCUUCGGUCUUUCCUUCGCCAGUUCCUACUCGUAUACUCCUACCAUUUUGAUGGAGUUGAUGCCUAUUGAUCAUUUUACUGUGGCGUAUGGACUGAUCCUGUUGAGUCAGGGUAUUGGGCAUCUUGUUGGACCACCUAUUGGAGGUAUGCUGUACGAUCUCACCGGGUCCUGGGACCUGACGUUCUACAUGGGCGGAAUAUGGCUAGUCAUCUCUGGUCUAUGUGUGGGUGUGAUCGCGUACACGAAGGACUUGCGUCUGUGUGGGUCGUCGCCUCUGAUGAAGGAGGCAGAAGAAGCUAGAACUGAGAAUGGUCCUACCGAUGUGUGAUGACUAUGCGUAAUAAAUGAUUUUAAAUG